UAAAUUAUCUUUUCAGCCAAGAAAAAAAACACAUUAUGUAGUGAACUUGAAUUUCUCUAAAGCGUUUACACAGGAUGCUUAUUUAUGUUCUGUUUUUUUAGUUAAUAUAGAAGAGAAAAAAGAAUGCAACAUUAAGCAUCAUAGACAUUCACCUUUUUUUUUUUCUUUCUUUCUUAUAAGAACAGAAAAAUGAAAAGGUUUAAUGAAAAGAAAGAAUUCCAAUAUAUUAAAUAUUUUAUUCAUGUUUGUUUUCAGAUUUAAUCGACAUGUUCAAUUUCAUCGAAGAUCAUUUACUGGAUGAUAUUUUUUUACAAACUGAACAAUCACGUCUUGCAUAUAAUUUAUGAACAGAAGAAUUUCGUAAUCUUAAUGAAAAUCUUCGAACAUAUUUAAAUGAUAUUAAAAAAAUUGAUGAUAAAAAUCGUCAAUUACAAAAUAAUAUCGAACAAAUACGUACAAAUUAUAUAAAAGCAUUAGAAAAUCAUUUAAAACGUUUACCUGAAGAUUUUCGACAAGAAAGUCAUGUAUUAGCAGAAGCACAUAUUGAACGUUAUAAAUCUAAAUCGCAUGCUAAACGUUUUAUUAAUGAACGUGAAGAAAUUAAGAAAAGAAUUAAUUUUGUUGCUAGUAAUGAAAAAGAACAGAUUAAACGUUUAAAUACUUUACAAAAGCAACAAAGUUUAGUUGAAAAGGAAUUAAAAAAUUUAAAUGAACAAUUACAAAAUUUAUAUAGUUAUGUUGAAAAUGAAAAACAAACAUAUCGACAAGCAAUGGAUAAAGUUGAUGAUUUACAAAUUCAACUUGAACAAAUUUGUAUUGAAUGA